AGUAGUUUGAGGUUGUGAAAGUUGUGAAUGUCACGUGUAGUCAUAUGCUGUGCACUGAUUGUACGUUUUAAAUAUUCUUCAACUCGGUAGAAUCACUACUUUCGCAGGAUGUUAACUUAAUAAACUUACUGAGAAAUAAGAGACAAUGGAGAAAUAAAAGACAACCAAUGUUAUAAGCAGUUUUGUGUUUUUGAUGAGGUUAUGUAUUAAACCGGGUAACUGCUGCUAAAAUAUGCCAGAAAUGGCAGAAGACGAUGUGCUGCAGAAAAAGAAAUCCCACAGAGACCGACAUUCAGGUCGCAAAGCUGAGAAGAAGAAGGCCAAAAGUGUGCAUGUCCAGGAGUUAACAGAUAGACAAAAAAAUCCAAAAGCUUUCACUUUCAACUCAGCAGUACGAGCUGAACGCAGAUUCAGGAGGAAGCAGGAUAUUGAAACCAAGAAGCAGCAUAUUCCGUUAGUUGAUCGGACGCCAGUGGAGCCACCGCCUGUUAUUGUUGCAGUGGUUGGACCUCCAAAAGUUGGUAAAACAACUCUUAUCCAAUGUUUGAUCAAGACUUUCACCAGACAACCAAUGACAAGCUUAAAAGGACCAAUUACUCUUGUUUCAGGCAAGAAGAGGCGCAUAACACUAAUGGAGUGCUGCAAUGACAUAAACAGCAUGAUUGAUAUUGCAAAAAUUGCAGACCUGGUUCUGCUUUUGGUUGAUGCUUCAUUUGGUUUUGAAAUGGAAAUCUUUGAAUUCCUCAACAUUUGUCAGGUUCAUGGAAUGCCAAGAGUAAUGGGAGUGUUGACUCACUUGGACAUGCUGAAAAACAACAAACAGCUGAAGAAAACCAAGAAAACACUGAAGCACCGCUUCUGGACUGAGGUGUAUGCAGGAGCCAAGCUAUUCUAUCUCUCAGGGCUGCUGCAUGGAGAAUAUCUUCGUAAUGAAGUUAAGAAUUUGGGCAGGUUUAUCUCCAUCAUGAAGUUCAGACCUCUUGUUUGGAGAACAACACAUCCCUACAUUGUAGCUGAUAGACUUGAGGAUUUGACUCCCCCAGAACUGAUAAGACAGAAUCCCAAAGUGGACCGUACAGUCAGUUUGUAUGGUUUUGUACGAGGAAUGGCUUUAAAUAAAAUGAGCAGCAUACACAUUCCAGGUUGUGGAGAUCUGAAAAUUCAUGAUGUUUCACAUCUCCCAGACCCAUGUCCAUUGCCAGAUAAACUGAAGAAGAGAAGUCUUGUGGAAAAGGAGAAGUUGAUUUACGCACCAUUCUCAGGAGUUGGAGGCAUUGUGUAUGACAAGGAUGCUGUCUAUGUUGAACUAGGGGGAAGUCAUUCACAUGCACAUCGGGAAACAAGUGACUCACGGCCAGAGAAGGCACUUGUGAGCUCUCUUCUGGAUACGCAGGAGACUCUGGAUGUGAAAAUGGCUCAAAGUGAGCUUCAGCUAUUUACUGGCACUGCACCAAUUGUGGCAUCAGAUGUUGCUGAGAAAUCUGUGGGAUUGUCUGAAGAGCUUAUCAGUGACUCGGGCAGAAUUAGGAGGAGAGUGGUGUUUCCUGAGAGUUCAAGCAAUGAGGACAAACAUGAAGAAACAAUAGAAAAUGACUCUGACGAAGAGAAUUUAAGUGAUAAAUCUGAAGAUGAACUGGAAAGUGACAGUGAUUCAUAUAUUGACAGUAUUGCAGGGAGUAACAGUCAUGAUGAAGUUGACACAAAAAGAAAGUCUGACACUUCAGAUACAAAAUACAGAGAUGCUUUGCAUAUAGCUGAAGACUGUAAUCAGGAUAAAACUAACCUGUACGGCAAAAAUGAAAUUAAGAAACGGAAGCUAAAGAGUACUGUUGCAGAAGCCGAGUACAAAUUAUUAAAUGUGAUGGAUGUAGAUGUAGAUAACUCUGGAAACAAGGAGGAUAUAUGUGAGGAACAUGGCAGUGUACAUGAUGAUGUAUCUUCUGAUGAAGAACCUGCGAAGAAACUGAAAUUAACCACUGACGUGAAAGAAAACCAAUGUGAGAGUUACAGCUAUCAUGAUACUGGGACUGAUCAAGACCGUCAGAUUCAUGGUAAAGUUUCUGAUUUGUUGUUAAGACUGGAGAUGAAUAAGAAACACACAGAAAAUAAGAAAGAAGACAUUUCACAUGUUAAAGACGCUAAAACUGAAUCAGUGGCAUUGAAACAAGAAGAUCAAGAUACAAGUUUGUCACAUAAAUGGAAAUGUGAACCAACAUUUACAUUAAACAAUUUCUCUUCAGACGAAAGUUGUAGUGAUGAAGAGGUUGAUGAAAAUAGUGUGAAAUCUUUAAAGGAAGGGGAUAAUGAAUUGCUUAGUUCCAAUGAAAGAGAAAGUGAUAGAGACUCUGAUACUGCUCAAGAUGUUGAUUCUGAUACCUCUGGCAUUAGUGAUGAAGAAGGACCAGAGGAAUCGGCUGUUCAGUGGAAAACAAACUUAGCACUGAAGGCUGCAGAUGCAUUCUUGGAGCGACAGUCGACAACACAGAACUUAUGGAAGCUUGUGUAUGGUAAUUAUAAUAAGUUUGAAAGAGAAGAGACAGAAGAGGAACUUGGAAGUGACAGUGAUGAAAACAAAGAUGUAGGAGGCCUAUUCCAAGUAGUCAGGAGAAAGCAGCAGCAUCAGCAGGAGGAAAGAGAUGCGAUGAAUGGUGUUGACUGUGCUCGAUUUGCUGUGAAGUUGGUCCGCGACUGGACAGACUGUAAAGUGCGUGAAGUUAUUCGUGACUGCUUUGUAACUGGAAAGUGGAAAGAGUCAGAGGAUGCAGCAGAGCUUUUGCAGUUGGAUGAUGAUAGUAGUGAGGAAGUUUUUGGAGAUUUUGAAGACUUGGAAACAGGGGAAAAACAUACAAGCAAGAAAGAGAACGUAAAAGGAACUCUCGAAGAAGGUAACUGCAAAGAAAUGACGAAAGACGAAUUACAGGAGAAGAAACGAAAACUGAAGGAGAAAUUUGAUGCAGAAUAUGAUGACAAAGAUGGAGGAAAAACAUACUACGAUGAGCUGAAGCAAGAAGUGGACCAGCAGGCUCAGUUGAACAGGAAUGAAUUUGAAGGUUUGGAUGAUAGUAUACGAAUUCAGUUGGAAGGCUUCCGACCUGGAAUGUAUGUGAGAGUUGAAGUUGAGGAAGUACCUUGUGAAAUUAUAACAAAUUUUGAUCCUACAUACCCUUUGAUCCUGGGUGGACUUCUGGCAGGAGAAGAGAAUGUUGGUUUUGUGCAGGUGCGUAUUAAGAAACAUCGGUGGUAUAAGAAGAUUCUGAAGACACGAGACCCAUUAAUCAUCUCCCUCGGAUGGCGGCGGUUUCAGACGUUACCCAUCUAUUCCAAAUUGGAAGAUAAUCUCAGACACAGAAUGCUGAAAUAUACACCAGAGCAUGUAACAUGUAUGGCCCACUUCUGGGGUCCCAUAACACCACAAAACACUGGUUUCUUAGCAGUACAGGAUGUGGCAACAAGACAGCCUGACUUUAGGAUUGCAGCCACAGGGUCAGUGGUAGAAUUGGAUAAAUCGACACAAAUUAUGAAGAAACUCAAAUUGAUUGGCUCACCAUUCAAAAUUUAUAAGAAGACUGCAUUUAUACGUGAUAUGUUCAGCUCUACUUUGGAAGUCGCAAAAUUUGAGGGAGCAAAACUGAGAACAGUGUCAGGUAUAAGGGGGCAGAUAAAGAAAGCUGUAUCCAAACCAGAAGGGGCAUUCCGGGCAACAUUUGAGGAUAAAAUCUUGCUCAGUGACAUUGUGUUCUGCCGAACCUGGUACCGAGUGGAAGUCCCUAAGCUUUACAAUCCAUUAACAUCACUGUUAUUGCCUGCUGAACAGAAGAACCAGUGGCGUGGAAUGAAGACAGUAGGACAGCUUAAGAGAGAGAAAGGAAUGCGUAGUGAUCCAGCCAUGGACAGUCUGUAUACACCAAUUGAACGGCAGCCAAAGGUGUUCCAACCAUUGGUUAUUCCGAGGACUUUGCAGAAGGAGCUGCCAUAUAAAGACAAGCCCAAAAACAGGACAAGAAAUGGAAAAAAAAUACUUGAGUCAGGAAGAAUUGCUGUUAUUAGAGAACCACAUGAACAAAGAGUGGCGUCACUUAUGAAAAUGCUGAAGGUAUCAUAUAGUCACAAACAGAAACAGCAGAAGGCAGCCACUAAGAAACGAAUGGAGGAACAUAAAAAGGAAUUGGAGAAAGAAGAAAUUAGAAAAGAAAAGAGACAUAAAGAGCUUAGGAAGCAGGUGUUUAGAACAUUGAGCAAGAUUGAUAUGAAAAACAAGACAAAGCACAAGAUAUAAGGCACAUAAUGCAGGUUGAAGGUAACAUUACAGAAAUUGGCCUCAACAGGCAGAGUUUAUAUACAAGUAUCUAAGGACCAUGUCCAAAAUUAGCAGUUGCACAAUCAUGUUGAUAUAACAAUCAGCCAUAAUAAAUAGUCAAUAUACCUAGGACCUACAUCUAAACAUUUGGAGCCAGGACGGAAGCUGGAAGAGAAGCAGAAUUAUGUGUAAUUUUGCCAUUUUGGCUUUGGCCAUGUCUUUUGAAGCUGUUGCAGUGUUUUCUCAUACAUUGCAGUCAGCAUCUGCAGGGUGAAGGAGGUCGUGGGAGGAAGCAGAUCGUGCGGAAGUCGUGGGAUAGGGUGCCAUCCAAUGAAGAGGAACCAAGAUUUCUGCACCUGUGGCAGUGUACCUUGGUUAAACUGGGUGUGUCAUCCCCAGUAGAAUAUUUGAACAUAUCAGAGGCAUGAGACUAGUGAACCAAAAAACAGUGGAAGCUGUACACUCCACUAAGACGAGACACAUCAAUUUUAAUGAAAGUGAAACCCUCAGAAACAUCCACAGCUACCAUCCCCACAUAAUUAAGGAAGCCAUCGAAAUAAUUAGAUUCUCCCACAGCUUCAACCAUGAAGACGGAUACAAACUGAGCAAAAUCUGGCUGCACCUGUUUACCUCCAGCUCUUCUUAACUGUUGGGCAGCUCCACCCUGCCACCCCAUACUCCCACUACGAGACUUACAUAUCUGGACACUUCCUCCUGCCGCAAAAUGACCCCCAAGAGGGGCUUCAUACCAAGACAGACUGGCUGAGCAUCAGUCAGAACAAGACUUAGACUUGGACUUCUUCCUCCUUUCUGAUGGUGACCGUAAUGUCUGCUUUAGUGUGUGAUGUGGUUAAACGCUGAGAACCAGAGUUAUACAGUGGACAGGGGCCACAGAAACCAGAAAAUGGUUUAAAGUGAUAAGAAACUUCAGAAUUCAUGAAGAGUUAAGGAACAUGAUGUGGAGAGGAAUUAUGUUCAUAUCUGGAAAUGUGAGAAUACCCCACAGGAGCAUUUGAUACAAAUAUUUGUCAAUAAAAUAUGAACAUGAAAUAGGACAGACAAGUGACAGUGGCCAUGGCAGUGUUGGUAGUAGUGAUGACAGCAGUGUUUUGUGGUAUUGCAUUGUACUGUAUUGUAAUCAUGAACUUUAAAGAUUAAUCCAGUUCCCUGUCUGUCUUCGUUAAAAACUCCUUUGGUUGAUUCAUAUUGGCUCUCUCUGUCUUCUUUACGUUAUGAACUACAUUUCAAAUCCCUGUGCAUUCAGCAUGUUCCUGCAAUUUGUGUAAUCUGAAAUUCUAUCUGAAAUAUUUAAAAGUAAUUCCUUUUUAAUACAGUCACACCAUCCUUUAUCUCAAGAAUGUAACUCCCUAGAAAAUAAAUUUAGUGGCUUCAGUAUUUUUUGUUACUGUCCAAACCAUUGAUAUAUGUGAAGGAACAUUUUAUUGUAAUAAAUUAUAUCAUUUCACAUC